UUUAGUUGAUGUUGCGCCCGGAGGAUGCAAACAGGUUUAUAUUACAAGAUGGAACACACUUCAGAAUACCGGGAUGCAUGUAUCUCAAAUGUCACAUUUGGUCAUUUUUAGCACGACAAUCAUUCCCUUGCAGAGCCAGCAAUCCAUGUUAUUCACAUGCUAUCAUCAUUAAAUUUGUGCAAAUCUUGUAAUGCACGACAAAUGAAUGAAGGCUGAACUGAACGCACAAUUCAUCUUGCCUUGUGAGCCUUAUGAAGGAGGGGUCUGGAAGACGUCAAUGCAACUAUUCUGAAAGACGGGGGUCGCCCAUCAAAAGGUCACAGCUGUCAAAUCGCGAUUUCCCCGUCAAAAAGCUUGCUGGCGUGUUUCUUGGCCACUUCCGCCAUGCUUUUUAACGUCCCCCCUUUCCAUCCCUCGACAUGUCUCGCGCAUGAGUUGUUGCAACCUUUUUCAAAAUGCCCUUAGCAGCCAACCAUACUCACACCGCACCAAGCUGUUCGAAUUGCACAUACCUGAUUCAGUCACUUCAAGACAAGGACGGCGAGAUAGCGGCACUCAAGCUCAAGGUUGAAGGUUUGGAGCAAAAGCUGAAAUUCCAAACAAGGAGUACGGACAAUGAACUGCGUCGAAACCAAGCGGUGCAUAGACGAGUGCAGCAAGAGUUUCUGGACGCAAUUCACGACGUGUGUAUAUUUGAGCGGAAAUUGAGACCUGGUCAGAUAGAGGCGCUCAGGACACUGAAGAGGUUGGGAACGGGCAGCGCUCCGAGGAAUGGACCUGUGCGGGGAACCGUUGUAAUGCCCACUGGAUCCGGAAAGGCGCUGGUAGCCCUUUUGGCUCAGUUCUACCUCCGACCUAGAACGACACCUGUCAUUUUCCUUUCCGCAUAUAUCCAUCCCACGUCUUCACUCCAUGUCGUGCUGUGCGGGAACACGAAUCAACAUAACGCCCAAGUUGCAGACUUCCUUUGCUCGAGGCUUCCCUUUGAUUGCGAUAAAAUGUUCACCUUUCGGGACUUUUAUAGUCAGACAUUCACGGUCAUUGCUAGCUCUGAGCACAAAUCUUCCCGUCGUCGACCGUGGUGGAAGAAAUCCCACGCACCAACCGUACUGUUUUCUACUUUUCAAACAUUUACCGAAAAAUGCAAGGCGGCGGUUGACCAUAUCGAGCAACGUUGUUCAUCCAUUUCAGGAGAAGCAGAUCGGUUGAUUGAAAAGAAGAGGCAAAUGGACAAGCUGAUUGAUCCGACUCUCAUCAUCAUUGAUGAGUCCCAUUUGUCGUCUGAAAUGGUUAACAGUGUUGAAACGAGAUUCCCUCAUGCUCAUGUUAUUUGCUUGACAGCCACCCCACAGUCACAAGAUAAAAUACUGUUCGAGCUCAGAGAUGCAGAUGCGAUCAAAACUGGCAUGGAGACUGGACAACAAACGAACAAAAAUCCAGUCUUUGUUGAAGUAGAAAUGAACCUAGACGAAGUCGGCCUUACCUGGAACUCUUCUACAUUAAGCAAACGACAAAUAGAACACGAAUCUUGCACGUCCAAAGCAUUUUGCCGGGCAUUGUUGGAAGAACCUGUCGUUCAAAGAACGUAUGCGAAAAGCAUUGCAGUUCUCAUCGGGCAUCUCCGCGCGACGAUACAUCCCGCGCUGUAUGCAAUCCAUAGAUGUGCAGAUAUCGCAACCGCAAAAGCUUACGAGAAACUCUUUACUGAGCUGCUGGGCGUAAAGGCAGUGCGAGUCAUCACGAGCGAGACAUACAGGUCGUGUGGCACCGAAAAGGUCAUCAAAGACCUCCAUACCAAAGACCCAGAACUUCAGAUCGUGAUAUUAGUGAGGAUGCUCACAGUGGCGUUUCACGACCCACUCAUCGGUUUGGUUUCGGUCGCGGACUUGAGUCUCGCAGCCCAUGAAGUAGUGCAAACGUGGGGCCGAGGAUCCUCUCGAGAAGAAACUUCGCAGAAAUGGUACGUGGUACUCACGCCCGCCAUUGCCCACUUUGAUUACGCUUGGCGAUUUUGGAAGGCAAAAGCAUAUUUUGGGAUUGAACGAGCAUUUGAAGUCGUCAAAGGCGGUGAUCCUUUUACGGAAGAGGAAGCAAACGUGAUGGGUGAAUUCACGUCUGACUAUGUUCGCGAGACACGGGGAGGUCGAGAUACGAUCAAGAUAAACAAACCGCAUCGACUGCAAGGAAAAUUCACAAUCCGCGAUUUCCUGGUCAAUGACACAUUGGUGACGCCAAAUUACGAGGAGAAGCGAGACAUCGAAGGGUUGUUGAGACGAACCACCGCACCGGCCAUCAGGCCCCCAUCUCCGUUCGAAGAGCCUGAUCAGCACUAUAGUGAUCAUUCUUUCGAAUGGUCGUCGGAGGCAGAGGAGUCCGAUAUGCUGUCCACUACUAAUACGUCCCCUUAUCCAACCCCACCCUCCGUCCGAACAAUCCCUAUAACCUACAUGUGUGAAAUUUGUUCAUUGCAUUUCGAUACUUUGGAAUCACUCGAGGUUCAUAAAAAGCGUUCCGCAACGCAUCAAAGAAAGGUCAAGGAGACCAUCCCGCAGCAUCGUAGGGAAAGUCCAGCUCAAGCCGAUCAGACGAGUCCCACCUAUCGCAAGAGCAAUCAGUCGGAUCGAUAUUGUCAAGUGUGUGACGUGACUUUCACCAGGCCGUCUUCACUUUUGAGCCACCUUGAAACGAUGAGGCAUCGUGCAGCAGUUGCACAAUUAAACACGCCGACUCGCGAGAGGAACAGUCCCGCCCGACCCAAGAGCGCACAGUCGGAACAAUAUUGCCAAGUGUGUGAUGUGACUCUCAGCAGGCCGUCUUCACUCUUGGAACAUUAUGAAUCUAUGAGCCAUCGCUCAGCAGCUGCCCAGUUCAACAGACCCACUCGCAGUCCAAGAAAGCAUUAUUGUCAACCUUGCGGUACAGCAUAUAACUCCAAACGUAGCUUAGUGAGACAUACCCGGGAGUAUCAUGGAGCGAAGGAGCCUAUAUCCCUUCUAUCAGAAUCAGAAUCGGAAUAUGAGCCUGCAUUCGACCUGUAUCAUCGAUUCCGCGAUAAGCGCCCCAAUCCGGCUAAACUGUCAGACUAUCAUUUGCAAACUCUCGGCGAUUGCCCCGCAUCAACGUCCCCGUCCGUCCAGCCUGAAUCAACUGUGAUUGAUAUCGACAGUGAUGCUGAAUCAGAAGAAUCAAGUACCGAUAGCAAUUUAGAUGGCUCUACUGAGCGAGUAAGCAGGACGUUCUCUUACGAUCAAUCGACAAGCUUGUCACGUAAAGGACGACGCUUGUCGUGGCGAUUCAUGGUCGAUUCAAAUGAUCAACAGAGUGUAUCGAACGAUACUGUGACUCCACGCAAACGACCCAAGUAUCUUUGAACAUGUAUAUAGCAAAGAUUUUAUUGAGUGGAAUAUUGGGAAGGAACCGAACCGAAUUUACAAAUUUUCAUGCAACAUAUAUCCUGCACGACUGUAUAAACAUGUAUAUUAGAGCGACUGAUGCGUAACCACAUCCCAAAGAGAUUCCACAAAUGUCAAAAACAAAUCUAUGAG